CAGUUAUAAAACAUAUUAAAUUUCUAUUAUAAUACAUAUUUUGUAAUUAUGUAUUUUUUAUAAUUUUAAACCAAUAUCAAUUCAAUAAUUAUUUUUUCGAGUCAUCUGAAAAGUGCUUAGAAAAUGCAAAGAACAAGGUACUUUUUGAAACAAUUUUUUUUUUCAAAAAUAUGUAUGUUUCUGAAAUGGAAGAGUAUAUGACAUUUGACUCAACGUAAAUUGUAUAUCUGUUAUAGUACAUGAUUGAUAAAUAUUAUAUUGAUCAAUACUGAUUUGGCUUAAAGUUAACAAUUUACGUAGUUAAUGUGAAAAAUAGUUUAUUUAAAUUAAAGUUAAAUUAUAAAAGUCACCAAAAUUAUUAAGGAUGAAAUAAGCAAUUUUCUAAAGAGGAUAAUAAGCCGACCAAUUAUAACUGAAACUAUGAAGAGAGAGAGAGAGCUUCAAGUCCACUAAAAGGUUAGAAACAUCAUCUCAUAGAGAUGAGAACUUUCUAAAGAGAAAACCUUUUUCCAUCUCCCAAAGACCAUAGACCCAAGUACAGAAAGACCAACUUAACAGUGUCAUAGACGCAAGUACAGUCCCAAUUAGGCCAUCUCCAACAAGACACUAAAAAACCAAAUUUGAUGUGAUUUCAUCUCCAACAAGACACCAAAUUUAACAUUUCCUACACUAUUAAUCACACCAAAUCUUUAAAACACAUAUUUUAAUAUAUUUCAUUUAAAAAUAUAGUUUAAUUACUAUCAAAUUUGUAAUUAAACAUAAAUAUAUUAUAUUAUUUUUAUUUUAAAUUUAUUUUCACAUUUGGUGUAAUAAUAUUCAUCACACAAAAUUUCUAAAAUACAUUUUAGUUUCAUUUAAUAAUAUACAUCAAUUACUAUCAAAUUUGUAAUUAAACAUAAAUAAUAUUAUAUUAUUUGUAUUUUAAAUUUAUUUUCAUAUAAUUAAAAAAUAAUUUUUAUUUUAUUAUUAUAUUCAAAAUAAAUUAGUAAAUAACUAUUAUUAUUUAUCACUUACAAAUAAUAAAAUAUAAAUAUAAUCUAGAUGUAACAAAAUUAUUAUUUAUCAAUUACAAAUAACAGAAAUAUAAAAAAAUUUAAACUGAAAACAUCAAAUAAUAUAUAAUAUUACUUUUGGUAUACAAUUUGGUGUUAUUGUUGGAAAUGACAAAAUAAAAUUGACACCAAAACAUCAAAUUUGUUGUAAUUUCAACACCAAAUUUGGUGUCAUUGUUGGAGAUGCUCUUAAACCGCCAUAUUUUCCCUUUCUACAGACUCUAAGAGCAGGUGCAUUGGUUUAGCUCUAUCCAAAUUUCUCAAGGUAAAUAUUAAUAUAAAAACCAAAAGUAAGAAAAAAUCUAUCACUAAUUUAAUUUUAAUUUUAACAAGUUCUAACGGAUUUAAUUUUAAUUACAAAACUGUUAUGCACUAAAAUAUUAAUAAAUUAAUGUUCAGAGAUUCAAUUUAAAAAACCUAUCACUAAUGAUGCUCUAACUUAACUUCUGUAAGAUAACGGCGUCCCGAUAAUUAUAGCACGACAAAGUCAAAUAAUACCGAACAGAUUUCCUCAUUUUAUUUCCAUUGUGUUUCAAAAAAAAAAGUAAAUCAUUUUAUUCCCACUUCCCGUGGAGAAAUAAACCCUAAACCCUCUUCUCCAAGUCUUUCAGCUUCUUACGAAUCCCACAGUUUAACUCUUCUCACAAAGACCGAUUCCUGUCAGACUCUGUAGUAAACUAAAACCACACCAAGAUUCUUGUGAUGAAAAUAGCACACGAAUACGUACAUAUGCGAGCCGAAUGAUCCAGAGAUCAUCUCUCCCUUACUUGGCGUCAAUCGAAACCCUCUUGAGGCUCUGCAAAUCUGAGGUCCAGCUUCGUCAAAUCCAUGCCAGAAUCAUCCGUAAAGGUCUUGAGCAAGACCAGAAUCUCGUCUCCAUCUUCCUCUCGUCUUCCUCUCUUCCUUACUCAUCCUCUGUUUUCGAGCGUGUUCAUCAUCCCUGCACUCAUCUCUGGAACUGCUUCAUCAAAGGAUACUCUAAUAGGUUUAUCUUCUUUGACACGGUUUCGCUUCUUGUCCGUAUGAUGAGAGCAGGCUUGGCUCGACCCGAUGAGUAUACUUUCCCUUUGGUUUUGAAAGUUUGUACUAACAAUGCGCAGGUUCGUGUUGGUUCGUCAGUUCAUGGGUUGGUUCUGAGAAAUGGGUUUGAUAAAGAUGUGGUCUUGGCCACAAGUUUUGUCGAUUUCUAUGGCAAAUGCAAGGAUUUAUCGAGCGCACGUAAGGUGUUUGGUGAAAUGCCUGAGAGAAAUGCGGUUUCUUGGACUGCUUUGAUCGUAGCGUAUGUGAAAUCUGGAGAGUUAGAGGAAGCGAAGAAGAUGUUCGAUGUUAUGCCUGAGCGUAAUAUUGGAUCUUGGAAUGCUUUGAUCGAUGGGUUUGUCAAGUUCGGAGAUUUGGUCAAUGCUAAGAAGUUGUUUGACGAAAUGCCUAUGAAAGACGUAAUUUCAUAUACCUCCAUGAUUGAUGGAUAUGCUAAAGGUGGUGAUAUGCGUUCGGCUCGGGUUUUGUUUGAGCAAGCGAGUGAUGUUGUUGAUGUUAGGGCAUGGUCAGCUUUGAUAACGGGUUAUGCGCAGAACGGCCAGGCGAACGAGGCUGUGAAGAUGUUUUAUGAAAUGUGUGAGAAGAAUGUCAAACCUGAUGUGUUUAUAAUGGUGAGUUUGAUGUCUGCGUGUUCCCAGAUGGGUAGCUUUGAGUUAUGUGAACAGGUUGAUACUUAUCUGCAUCAGAGCAUGGUGAAGGGAUUUUCUAGUCAUUAUGUUACACCUGCUUUGAUAGACAUGAAUGCCAAAUGCGGCCACAUGGAGAGAGCAGCAAGACUGUUCGAAGAGAUGCCUAAGCGGGAUCUUGUCUCGUACUGCUCGAUGAUGGAAGGAAUGGGUAUUCAUGGGUGUGGAGGCGAAGCUGUUCGGCUGUUUGAGAGAAUGGUAGAGGAAGGUAUUGUUCCCGAUAGUGUUGCCUUCACUGUAAUAUUGAAAGUUUGUAGCCAAGUUAAGCUUGUUGAGGAUGGCUUAAGGUACUUCGAGUUGAUGCGAAACGAAUAUUGUAUUGUGGCAUCUCCUGAUCAUUAUUCCUGUGUUGUAAGCCUUCUUUGCCGGUCAGGAAAGCUUAAAGAAGCCUAUGACCUUAUUAAAGCCAUGCCUGUGGAACCUCAUGCUAGUGCCUGGGGUUCGGUUCUGGGUGGUUGCAGUGUGCAUGGAGAUUCUGAGAUAGCUGAAGUAGUUGCAAGGCGGCUCUUCAAGCUUGAGCCGCAAAGUGCUGGUAACUAUGUGCUUUUGUCAAACAUGUACGCAGCUUUAGACCGGUGGGCAGAUGUAGCUCUUGUUAGGGAUAAGAUGAAAGAGAAUGGUAUUAAAAAGAUUUCUGGUCGAAGUUGGAUAUGUCGAUAAGCACUACUUGGCAUCUAACCGUGUCAAUGGAAGUCUUUGCUUAACUUAAACAAGACAUUCAAGCAAAAGGACCUAAAGUAGUUCUAUCAUUUAUAGCACUGAUUUCUUGUUUGUAAAUAUGUUUCACUUCUUUUGAUGAAGUCAUUUACUCAAACAGAACCCGCCUGAGACAGCACUGCGUCCAAUGAUUUUAUCACCUUGUCGAAUGUUUCAGAGACGUGAGAUUCUGUUCAAACUAAGAAACAUUAAGAGAGAUGAUUCGAGUGACAUGUAGAUUGCUAUAGGAUUGAGAUAUACUUCAUCAGUAUGCUUUGAACAUUUUUACCCUA